ACAAUAACCAAAAAGGAAAUUGUAGCAAUGGUUCAAAUAAACGAAGUAAAAGAUUCAUCUCAGUCUAGAGAAAGUCGGACUGCUGCCCAUACCCAUAUUAAAGGAUUAGGUUUAGAUGAGCAUGGGAUUGCCAAACGAGUUGAAGGAGGAUUCGUUGGUCAAGCUGAUGCUAGAGAAGCAUGUGGGAUUAUUGUUGAUUUAAUUAAAUCUAAAAGGAUGUCUGGUAAGGCCAUAUUAUUGGCUGGAGGUCCUGGAACAGGUAAAACUGCCCUUGCUCUAGCAAUUUCUCAAGAAUUAGGUCCAAAAGUACCGUUCUGUCCUAUUGUUGGAUCUGAAUUAUAUUCAGCAGAAGUUAAAAAGACUGAAGCAUUAAUGGAAAAUUUUAGAAGAGCUAUUGGUUUAAGAAUUAAAGAAACAAAGGAAGUUUAUGAAGGGGAAGUAAUUGAAUUAUCACCUGAAGAAGCAGAAAAUCCAUUAGGUGGUUAUGGUAAAACCAUUAGUCAUGUUAUAGUUGGAUUAAAAACUGCUAAAGGUACUAAAAAUUUAAGAUUAGAUCCAAGUAUAUAUGAAAGUAUUCAAAAGGAAAGAGUUACUGUAGGUGAUGUGAUUUAUAUUGAAGCCAAUACUGGAUCUGUUAAAAGAGUUGGAAGAUCUGAUGCUUAUGCAACAGAAUUCGAUUUAGAAGCUGAAGAAUAUGUUCCAUUACCAAAAGGUGAAGUUCAUAAAAAGAAAGAAAUUGUUCAAGAUGUUACUUUACAUGAUCUUGAUGUUGCUAAUGCAAGACCACAAGGAGGUCAAGAUGUUUUAUCAAUGAUGGGACAAUUAUUAAAACCAAGAAAAACUGAAAUAACUGAAAAAUUAAGAUCAGAAGUUAAUAAAGUUGUAUCUAAAUAUAUUGAUCAAGGAGUUGCUGAAUUAAUUCCUGGAGUUUUAUUCAUUGAUGAAGUCAAUAUGUUAGAUAUUGAAAUUUUUACUUAUUUGAAUAGAGCUUUAGAAUCAAAUAUUGCUCCUAUUGUAGUAUUAGCAUCUAAUAGAGGUUUAACUACUGUAAGAGGAGCUGAUGAUGAUAUAAAGGCACCUCAUGGAUGUCCACCAGAUUUAAUUGAUAGAUUAUUAAUUGUUAAAACUUUACCAUAUAAUCAAGAAGAAAUAAAAACUAUUAUAUCUAAGAGAGCAACAUUAGAAGGAUUAGCAGUUAAUUCUGAAGCACUUGAAAUACUUGCUCAACAAGGUAUUACAGUAUCUUUACGUUAUGCUAUACAAUUAUUAGCACCUGCUGGAGUAUUAAGUCAAUCAGCUGGAAGAUCAGAAAUAACUAAAGAAGAUAUUGAAGAAUGUCAAUUUUUAUUUUUAGACUCUCGUCGUUCAAUUAAAGUUUUAGAAGAAGGUAAGGGAUUCCUCUAAUUAUGUAAUUUUAGUAUAAAUACAACAAUAAUUUAAAAUAUAUAUAUAUAUGUAUGUAUGUAUGUAUAUUGAUUGAUUAUGUAAAACGUUUACCUAAUUCAUUACAUUCUUGUAAGAAAUCAG